AAUAAGAGUAGAAUUACUGAAGUUUAGUACUAGUGGAGCGGAGAGGAGAGGAGAGCGGUGGAGAAGUAGAGCAAUGGGCAACGCUCAGUCAUCCACCGAUCCUCACUUCGCUUCCGCAAGCAGAGCUUUCACUCAGAAGGAACUCAAAGGUCUUAAAUCGUUGUUCUUGUCUCUUGCUGCUCAAUCGCAGAGCGACGGUCAAUACAUCUCUUCCUCCGUUUUCAAGACAUAUUUUGGAAUUCAUGGCCCUCUUGGUGAUCGGAUGUUUGAUUUAGUUACACAGAAGCGUAAUGAUCAGAAGCUCACCUUUGAGGACCUCGUAAUUGUUAAAGGGACUUACGAGAAAGGAACAAGAGAUGAGAUUGAAGAGUUUCUUUAUCAGUUAGUAGAUGUCAAUGGUGAUGGAAUCCUGGGGAGAUCGGAUCUGGAAGUCGUGUUAACUUCAAUGGUUGAUGAUAUAUUUUCUCAAAAAAUCUCUGAACCUGGAUCAAGUUCACAUCAGGACAUAGUUGGUGUAUUCCUCAAUGCUGUGAAUUUCUCAAAGGCUGAUAAAGGAUGUGCUGAAAACAAUAUAUCUUUUGAGGAUUUCAGAAAGUGGUGUACUCUUGUACCAUCUGUCAGGAAGUACCUUGGAAGUCUGUUGAUGCCAUCUGAUCCAGGGAGACCUGGUUCUCAAGUUCCACUUCUACUGCAUUCGGAAAAUAUUGAUUCUAAUUCGAUAUUAUUGAGGAAGGAAUAUGCUUGGCACAUAGGAGGUGCCCUCUCUCACCAAGAGCUGGAUGAGUGGAAACUUAUGUAUCAUAGCGAAUACAAUGGCUUAAGUUUCAACACAUUCUUGGGCAACAUAUCAAAUGACAAGGUGCCCACUGUGUUAAUCAUCAAGGAUAAAGAAGGUUACAUAUAUGGAGGUUAUGCAUCUCAGCCUUGGGAGAGGCAUGCUGAUUUCUAUGGUGAUAUGAAGUCUUUUCUCUUUCAGCUCUAUCCCAUGGCCUCAAUUUUCAGGCCUACUGGAGCAAAUAGUAAUUUGCAAUGGUGUGCUGUGAAUUUCACUUCAGAUAAAAUCCCCAACGGCAUUGGUUUUGGAGGGCGAGUGAAUCACUUGGGUUUGUUCCUUUCUGCAAACUUUGAUCAGGUGCACACUUUUGCCUGCAGUACUUUUGGCAGUCCUUGCCUCUCGAAGACCAACCAAAUAUACCCAGAAGUGAUAGAAUGUUGGGCAGUUGUUCCAAAAGGAGCACAAGAAGAAAAACAGGAUACGGUCAAAGGCAAAGCCACCGUGUUAGAGAGAUUUAAGGAGGACCGCCAUAUGCUUAACAUGGUUGGGCUUGCGAAUUCAAGCGAGUAAACCUGGUGAAUUCUAGAGUCGUAUAUUGUAUUGUCCCAACUUUAUCAGCUCUUCUGCAACUCAUCAAGAUAUCAUCAAUAUCAUCUUACGGCACAUGGGGAUUCAAGUUUUGAACAGGCACGGGCUUGACAAGCUUGCAGGAGACGUUUCUCAUGUGAACGUCCAGAGCAAAUUUAUUAUGGAUAUUAAUAUUUAUAGGGAACAUUUCAGUCAAAAGGUUUGAUUGUUUCUCCUUGAUAUCAAGCAAAAACUUGCAGCUCCUGUUAUAUAAAUUGCCAUUAUGAAUUAGGCAGUGCUCUUUCAUAAGUUUGUUAAAGUCCUAUUUUGCAUCCCCAUGUAGAUGCAGCAAUUCUGUGGUUUGUCUUCAUUUUUGGGGGAAUAAAAGAAAAAGGAAGGCAAAUUGUGGUUUGCCUUAAAAACA